AAAUGAUUCGCGAAUCAGUUUAAAGAAUCUAACGCCUUGAAUCAGAAGCAAUAACAGCAAACUGGAGUCAUGGCAGAGCAAGUAGUGUCAGCGGACACGGGAUUGGCACAGCGUGUACUGAUGUUUCUCGGUAUUCAUAGUCUCUUCAACAAUGUUUUCAGUUUCUUGGACAAGACAGUGAGGUCAUGGUGGAUAACCAAUUGGCUGCCUUCCUGGUGCCCGACAUCUCAAAGACAACUGAAGGAGGCUGAGGAGAGGAUGCUACAGUACAUCAAAAGCAAGUUCUUCAAACAGUUUGUCCGCAUAUCUGACAACAACAUGUUGUGGACGCUGGUGUUUAAGGGGCCCAUGGAAAGUAAAACACCUCUGGUGCUGCUGCAUGGAUUCGGGGGCGGCGUGGGUCUUUGGGCCCUGAACCUGGACUGUCUCUCUCAGCAGAGGGCCAUUUACGCCCUUGACCUACUGGGCUUUGGCCAGAGCAGCAGACCUCACUUCAGCACAGAUGCCCAAGAGGCUGAGCUCCAGUUUGUGGAGUCCAUUGAACAGUGGAGAGAGACGAUGGGGCUGGAGAGCAUGAUAAUGUUAGGUCAUAACCUAGGAGGAUAUCUGGCUGCCUCCUUCGCUAUCAAAUACCCAACCAGAGUAAAGCAUUUGAUUCUGGUGGAGCCGUGGGGUUUUCCAGAGCGUCCUGACACAGGAGACCAGGACAGACCUAUUCCUGUGUGGAUCAAAGCUCUGGGGGCAAUGCUGAUGCCAUUCAACCCCCUUGCUGGUCUACGUCUGGCAGGACCUUUAGGUCCCACUCUUGUGCAGACUCUGAGACCAGACUUCAGAAAAAAAUUUGCUGCUAUGUUUAAUGACAAUACAGUCACAGAAUACAUCUACCAUCUUAAUGUUCAAUGCCCAAGUGGAGAAACAGCCUUCAAAAACAUGACCAUUCCAUAUGGCUGGGCAAAGAGGCCUAUGCUGCAGAGAAUUGGCCUGAUUCACAGCGACAUCCCCAUUACGGUGAUCUAUGGCUCACGCUCCAGCAUAGAUGGCCACUCAGGCAAUUCAAUCAAAGAAAUGAGGCCAAACUCCCAUGUAGAGAUCAUUGCCAUACGAGGUGCGGGACACUACGUGUAUGCUGACCAGCCAGAGGAUUUUAACCAAAAGCUGAACGUGGCAUUCUGCAGAUCUGCAGUCAGGGAAUGUUCCAGCACAUGUGCUUUUAGGAUGCCAGUAUCAGCUCAACGGGUUGAUUUCUGUUGUAUACUGUAUUUACCCUAGAGCAGGUUAAAAACAACUGGGUUUGGGAACCCAGAUGUGUGUUUUACGCCAUUACCUAAUGUUAUUUAAUGUUUCUAUGCCACAUACAGUAAUUCUGCAUGAUCUUGCAAUUGUGAUUUUAUUAUAAUAUAAAAACAACAAGCAUAUUUUUGAUAUUUGCCACUGGUUGUAAUAUAGUGUGAAUUCAGGAUGGUUGGGACACUUUUUGACAUUGAGUAAAAUGGGGAAAAAUCAUUGAUUCAAUGUGAAACCUACCCUACAUUUUGCAACAAAAUGAUAACAGACCUGAUCAUAUUUAUUUUGUGGCAUUCAGCUUUUUGUGCAUAUUAGCUUAUUUGAAAUUAAACUUAAGUACAAGGAAUGGAUAAUAUAUAGUAAAUAAGAGCUAUACCGCUUGGUAAUUAUACUAUAAUUUAACUUCAAUGAUCUAACUCUGUCAUUUUAAUAUUUAAAAGAAAACACAACAUUAUAGACGGUUUCAGCUGCAACAGCAUAAACAAACUUUAUGCGGCCCAAACUUAACUUCCGGUAGACCUCUGCAAAGAAUCAAUAAUUGUUGAGUAGUUUUAAUACAAUUUAUAUACAAUAAAAUAUUAAUAUAAAUUAAUUGUCAAAUAAAUUGUUAUGUGUCAGACGAAACCGUCUAUAUACGUUUUCUCCAGAAUUUAGUGUUUAUGAAUUCAUAAACAUUUUUCAGGAAUUUGAUGCAGCAUGAAUUAUUUUUAUAGGCUUUGAAGCUUUGUUUGUUGUUUUCUACCUCAUAAAACUGUUAGGAUCAGAAGGGAGGCAGAUAAUAUGCAGCUCACGGUUUUCACUGUAACCUGAAUGACAUGUGGAAGAUUCACAGUUCUUUAAAGGGAUACUUCACCCAUUUACUCACCUUCGAGUUGUUCCAAAUGUGUAUAAAUU